GGGAGUCGCAGGCGUUGUCAGUGUCCGGACCGGCCGCGCCCGAGCAGAAACCCGCCUGCCCGCAGCUGCCUGUCACCAUGGAGGUGAUGAACCUGAUCGAGCAGCCCAUCAAGGUGACGGAAUGGCAGCAGACGUACACCUAUGACUCGGGCAUCCAGUCCGGGGCCAACACAUGUGUGCCCUCGCUCAGCGGCAAGGGCCUGCUGGAGGAGGAGGACCCUUGCAGCAAGCAGUACACCAUCAAGAAGACCACCACCUACUCCCAGGCGCCCGUCCAGGCCCAGGGGGACCUGGAGUGCCAGCUGGCCAUGACGCGGGCCCAGCGGGUGCGGGCGGCCAUGUACCCCGAGACGGUGGAGGACCGGACGCUGCUGCUGACCACUCAGGUGGACGCCCAGGCCACCAACGUGCAGCGGCUGGCCGAGCCGUCCCAGAUGCUCAAGUCGGCCAUCGUGCACCUCAUCAACUACCAGGACGACGCCGAGCUGGCCACCCGGGCCAUCCCGGAACUGACCAAGCUGCUGAAUGACGAGGACCCGGUGGUGGUGAGCAAGGCGGCUAUGAUCGUGAACCAGCUGUCCAAGAAGGAGGCCUCGCGUCGGGCGCUGCUGCAGUCGCCCCAGAUCGUGGCGGCUGUGGUCCGCACCAUGCAGGGCACCAGCGACCUGGAUACGGCCCGCUGCACCACUAGCGUUCUGCACAACCUGUCCCACCACCGCGAGGGCCUGCUGGCCAUCUUCAAGUCUGGCGGCAUCCCUGCUCUCGUCCGUAUGCUCAGCUCCCCCGUGGAGUCGGUGCUGUUCUACGCCAUCACCACGCUGCACAACCUGCUGCUGUACCAGGAAGGGGCCAAGAUGGCCGUGCGUCUGGCCGACGGGCUGCAGAAGAUGGUUCCUCUGCUCAACAAGAACAACCCCAAGUUCCUGGCCAUCACCACCGACUGCCUGCAGCUCCUUGCCUACGGCAACCAAGAGAGCAAGCUUAUCAUCCUGGCCAACGGAGGCCCCCAGGCCUUGGUGCAGAUCAUGCGCAAUUACAGCUAUGAGAAGCUGCUGUGGACCACCAGCCGAGUACUCAAGGUGCUGUCCGUCUGUCCCAGCAACAAGCCCGCCAUCGUGGAGGCUGGCGGGAUGCAGGCCCUGGGCAAGCACCUGACCAGCAACAGCCCCCGGCUGGUCCAGAACUGCCUGUGGACUCUGCGCAACCUCUCUGAUGUGGCCACCAAGCAGGAAGGCCUGGACAGCGUGCUGAAGAUCCUGGUGAACCAGCUGAGCCUGGACGACGUCAACGUCCUGACCUGUGCCACGGGGACCCUCUCCAACCUGACCUGCAACAACAGCAAGAACAAGACGCUGGUGACGCAGUCGAGCGGCGUGGAGGCGCUGAUCCACACCAUCCUCCGCGCCGGGGACAAGGACGACAUCACCGAGCCGGCCGUCUGCGCCCUGCGCCACCUCACGAGCCGCCACCCCGAGGCCGAGAUGGCGCAGAAUUCCGUGCGCCUCAACUACGGCAUCCCUGCCGUCGUCAAACUGCUCAGCCAGCCCAACCAGUGGCCCCUGGUCAAGGCGACCAUCGGACUGAUCCGGAAUCUGGCUCUGUGCCCGGCCAACCACGCUCCCCUGCAGGAAGCGGCAGUCAUUCCUCGCCUGGUCCAGCUGCUGGUCAAGGCUCACCAGGAUGCCCAGCGCCACGUGGCCGCGGGCACACAACAGCCCUAUACGCAGGACGGUGUGAAGAUGGAGGAGAUUGUGGAGGGCUGCACGGGUGCCCUGCACAUCCUGGCCCGGGACCCCAUGAAUCGCAUGGAGAUUUUCCGGCUCAACACCAUUCCGCUGUUUGUGCAGCUGCUGUACUCACCCGUGGAGAACAUCCAGCGUGUCGCGGCCGGCGUGCUGUGCGAGCUGGCCCAGGACAAGGAGGCGGCUGACUCCAUCGACGCCGAGGGAGCCUCGGCCCCCCUCAUGGAGCUGCUGCACUCGCACAACGAGGGCACCGCCACCUACGCGGCCGCCGUGCUGUUCCGCAUCUCUGAGGACAAGAACCCCGAUUACCGCAAGCGAGUCUCCGUGGAGCUGACCAACUCCUUGUUCAAGCAUGACCCAGCAGCUUGGGAGGCUGCCCAGAGCAUGAUUCCCGUCAAUGAACCAUAUCCAGAUGAGCUGGACGCCACGUACCGCCCCGUGUACUCGAGCGACUGCCCCGUGGACAUGCACAUGGACAUGGAGUGCGACUACCCCAUUGACACCUACAGCGACGGCGUCCGCGCCCCCUACAACGCGGACCACAUGCUGGCCUAGUCCCCUCCCCCCCCGGCCUGCCACACUGCUUGCGGUGCUCACCGAUCACGAGGGGCCCGCGGCCCGAGGUGCUGCAGCGGAGCGGCAGGUCUAGCGACACAAGUGCCUGAGUCACUGUUGGGUGGCGUGUGUGUGGACCCCCUUCCCCGUUUCUGGUCUUUGUUUUGGGCGGAGGCAGGGGCAGCGCCCUGACCCCAUCCUCUGAAGCUUCAGUAAGAAAUAACCGUGCUGUUCUGCCCCUCCUUACCCCCCAGCCUGGCACAGCCUUCCUCUAGCCACUCUGCCCCCAACCCUAGAGGCCUUGGGGCAGGGAGCACACCAGGGCCCAGCUCAGUGCUGGAUACCGUUCCUGGUUUCAGCCCCUUCCCGCCCUAACCCAUCCUCCUGCUUCCC